GAGCCCAUUUCCUCUUCUGCAGGCCUGGCUGAGUGAGAGAGCAGCAGCAACGUUAUUCAGUGUUAAUAUUAUUUUUAUUCAGUUCCGGUUUUAUUUCGCAGAGCUGUGUUCAGUCUCAGCCGCAUGGUGAACCGUGUUAAGCGCGUUAUAACCGAGAGAAACCCGUGAGCGUGAAGGUGUUUGCUGAGGAGAAAGAGAAGCAGCUCCAGCUCGCUCUGAUGCUACCUGUUACCCUGUGACACCUGCCUGAGGAGACUGCAACCCCCCCGACACACAAUGUCUGGGCUACAGAUGCCAUGGCCGCCAGGCACAGAGUGUGUGGCUAAGUAUAACUUCCAGGGCACCACAGAGCAUGAUCUGCCCUUCUGCAAAGGAGACGUCCUCAGUAUCCUCACGGUCACUAAGGACCCUAACUGGUACAAAGCGAAGAACACUGUGGGGAGGGAGGGGACGAUCCCAGCCAACUACGUGCAGAAACGAGAAGGAGUCAAAUCAGGAGGGAAACUGAGCCUGAUGCCAUGGUUCCACGGUAAGAUUACGCGGGACCAGGCCGAGCGGUUGCUCUACCCUCCGGAGACGGGGCUCUUCCUGGUGCGCGAGAGCACCAACUACCCCGGCGACUAUACGCUGUGUGUGAGCUGCGAGGGGAAGGUGGAGCACUAUCGCAUCAUCUACCACAACGGCAAGCUCUCCAUCGAUGAGGAGGAGUACUUUGAGAACCUCAUGCAGCUGGUGGAGCAUUACACCAAAGACGCUGAUGGUCUGUGUACUCGAUUGAUCAAGCCAAAGCUCAUGGAGGGAACAGUAGCAGCACAGGAUGAGUUCUCCAGGAGUGGCUGGGCUCUCAACAGAAAGGACCUAAAACUCAUUCAGACUAUCGGCAAAGGAGAGUUUGGAGAUGUAAUGGUAGGAGACUACAGAGGGACCAAGGUGGCGGUGAAGUGCAUCAAACACGAUGCCACGGCACAGGCCUUCAUCGCCGAGGCUUCAGUCAUGACGCAGCUGAGGCACACUAACCUGGUGCAGCUGCUGGGAGUGAUCGUGGAGGAGAGGGGCAGCCUCUUUAUCGUUACAGAGUACAUGGCCAAGGGCAGUUUAGUGGACUACCUGCGCUCGCGAGGGCGCACUGUGCUUGGGGUUGAGUGCCUACUCAAAUUCUCACUUGAUGUGUGUGAGGCGAUGGAGUACCUCGAGGCCAACAACUUUGUGCACAGGGACCUCGCGGCACGGAACGUUCUGGUAUCUGAGGACAACAUUGCUAAAGUGAGCGACUUCGGUCUGACCAAGGAGGCGUCGUCCACUCAGGACACGGCCAAGCUGCCUGUUAAAUGGACGUCACCCGAGGCACUUCGAGAGAAGAGGUUUUCCACCAAGUCUGACGUGUGGAGUUACGGCGUCCUGCUCUGGGAGAUCUACUCCUUCGGCCGUGUGCCUUACCCCAGAAUUCCUCUGAAGGAGGUGGUGCCGCGGGUGGAGAAGGGCUACAAGAUGGACUCGCCGGACGGCUGCCCCGCUGUGGUCUACGACCUCAUGAAGCAGUGCUGGACCCUGGACCCGGUGAUGCGGCCUUCGUUCCGUAUGCUGCGUGAAAAGCUGCAGCACAUCAGAGCUAAAGAACUCUAUCUGUGAAGUGGAGGGGGGGCCACGCGCACGCUUUUUACCUGUGAGGAGGCGGGUAAAGACGCAGCGGGCGCCCGCCACAUCGAGCAGCGUCUCAGGCUCCGGCUUGUCCUUUCAUUCGUCUUUUGGGACUUUUUUUUUUUUGGACUGUUAAAUUGGACACACUCGUGCUGUGUUUCUGUGGGGAGUGAAAGCUUAUUUAGGAGUGUGUGCGUUAAAGCGCGUAUUGUGUCCUGAUUGUGCUCUGCCUUCUUUGUCUUUAUUAUACCAUGCUGACGUCCUUUUGCCUAAAAGUAUUUGCCCCUGGCAUAACCCUGCCCCCUUUUCUCUGUUUGUUGCUGGAUGAAGGCUGGCCUUUUCUCCAUUGUUUUGUCAGGUGCAUUUUCUUUUCUUUCUUUCUAACACCCUCUGUUUCUCUUUCUCCAGAGUUUUCAUCUCUCUCCUUCCUGUGUCUUUUGUGUGUGUGUGUGUGAGAGAGAGUGAGUGAGGCGUUCGUUCUGUGCCUGAGUGCCUCCAGAUGGCAGGACUGAUGCCUCUUGCGUCCCCCUCCUCUGUCACAUGGACUUGUUUUUGUUUUUAUUCCAUUUUUAAGUCUUUUUUUUUUUUUUUAAACGAUCGCCUUUUUUGUUGUUUUUGUCUGUGUUUAUUUGCUGUCUCCCCACGUCAAUCAACAUCUGACCUGGGACAAGUGCAAGGAGCUGGAACGAUGCACAAAUUCUCGCACACACACAUGCAUAAUUAUGUACAAACCCACACACACAUUUACACAUGCAUUUCCCAGUAGAGCUCAAACUGCGGCGGCCAAAACGGGACACACAAAGCAGUUUACCCAGAAACCCUUGGGACACGGGGGUGGAUGGAUCCGAAUACGGUAGAACUAUUCGUGCGUGAGCUUGUUUUAUAUUAAAAUGUAUUUAAAGGACUAAAAAUAACCUGAAAAAAAAGGCAGAGAAGACUCAACUGACGGAGAUGUGCAGAGGUGAAUGGAUGGAUGGACGAGUGAGUGAGAGAGGGAGGGAGGCUUGGGGUUAAUCUGUCAGUGCUUUCAAUGUUCUUUGUUUGAUUAUGCUGCCAUGAUUACGAAUAAAUCAUUCCAUCAGA